ACCUUCUCCUCCCAUAAUCCUCCUCGGUUACACAUAGCGCUUCAGCGGCAGAGGAAGAGCUUCAUGGAGUGAAGAGAUCGGUGGAAGAAAAAUAACUACAGAUAAGACAUGGCUGACCAAUCAGCACCCAUACGGGUGGGAAUUGUGGGAUUUGGACACUUAGGUCAGUUUCUGGUGGAUCGCUUACAGAAAGAGGGUCUUAAUGCAGGAUUCUGUUUGGCCUUUGUCUGGAACAGAGAUGCAGGCAAACUUAAAGACUCUGUUCCAAAUGAUCUCAUUCUUACCAGCCUAUCCGAAUUUGCACACAAAAAGGCGGAUGUAAUAGUGGAGGUCUGUCAUCCUCAGAUAGUAAAAGAUUUUGGGUGUCAGUUCUUAUCACAAGCAAAUUUCCUGGUGGGAAGCCCUUCCGCUCUGUCUGAUCCAAAGCUGGAUUGGGAACUGCGGCAUGCAGCAAAGCAUCAUGGACACACGCUGUAUGUGCCUAGUGGGGCGUUAUGGGGUGGUCAAGACAUACAGCGACUGAAUGACAGUGGAUUAUUAAAAGCUCUGUCUAUUCGUAUGUCAAAGCAUCCCUCGUGUUUCCGCCUAGCCGGGGGCCUUCUCUCUGACUGGUCAGAAGGUGAGGGGAGACGUGUGCUCUUUCAGGGCUCUGUGGCUGAACUCUGCCCUGUGGCCCCCAACAAUGUGAACACCAUGGCGGCUGCUGCCAUUGCAGCAUCAAGCCUGGGUUUUAGUGGAGUGACCGGAGAGAUUGUGUCAGACACAGCUUUGGCUGAUUAUCACCUUGUGGAGGUGGAGGUAACAGGGCCUGAUGGAUUCUCUGUAAAAACAGUAAGACAGAACCCAGCCAAACUGGGAGCUGUUACAGGCAGCGCCACCUACACUUCAUUCUGGAGCAGCUUACUAAUUUGCAAGGGUCAUGGAGGGAGAGUCUAUCUGUGCUGAAGAUGACAAGAGAACCAACAAGCACACAAGAAGAACAGCAGCAGACUGAACAGAUUACUGAAGAGAACAGAGAGAAAGAAGCCAUCAAGCUUUUUACCUGCUUUUUAUUUUAACCCCGAUGCUGGUCAGAGCUGAGCACAGUUAAAUUAUUAUACUUUACCUUUAGCAUUGUAACUAAACAAUACAAAUAAAAAGAAAAUAAUUAAAUAUUUAUAUUUUUAUUGACUUCACUGUAGUCCACUAACUACUUGAGUAAUAGCUCCCCCUUGUGGAAGAACUGAGCUCACCAUCCACACUCGAUGAUGCCUAGGGUGGUGGGGAUAAUAUCUUUGUACGAGGGGUGAAACAUUUUACAUUUACAUUACACCAGGAAACCUUCAGAAAAGGCCAAAAGUCAUUAAUAAAAAAUUACCAAAACUACUCGAUACUUAUGAAUCGUGCACAAUAUGAUAUGAACUACUGUCAGGAACAGGCCCGUCACAAAGGUGUAGUUCCUAAAUUUAAAGUAAAAAUAUCUGGAGAACAUCUCAGACUCAUGCGUUCGAAUCUCAGCUCUUCUGAUGGCUAGCCAGGCACAGCAAGAAGGUCCUGGGUUCAAUUUCCAGGUGAAGUGGUCCGGGUCCUUUCUGUGUGGAGUUAGCAUGUUCUCCCCGUGUCUGUGUGGAUUUCCUCCUAGAGCUCCAGUUUCCUGUGUUCACUGUGUUUGACAUUAAAAACUUGAACUGAUGAAUUUUGAGUAACCAGUAACUACCUUUCCUGUCAUGAAUGUAACCAAAGUGUGUAAAACAUUACUUUAAAAUUCUAAUAAAUAAAUAAGUCAUCAUUGGAGCCAAAUUAUUCUUACCACGCACUUUUAAACAUGACUUCGUUACUAGGCAGAUCUUAGAGUUUUACAUCUAAUAAUUUAAAUAAAGACAUAAAUGGUUAUAGGGAU